AUGACUCCCCUCACCUACGUCGCCCUCGCCCUUACUGUUCUCAGCUCCGUUGUUGCUGCUCCCACCGGGGUUUCUGAGAUCACCAACCUUGAGAAGCGUGUCACGCACAGCGGAAGGGGUACGUUCUUCAACGUCGGCCUCGGGGCUUGCGGCAAGAACAACGUGAACAGUGACCACAUCGUCGCCAUUUCGUCCGCCAUUUUCGGAUCGGGUGGCAACUGCGAGCAGUUCAUGGAAAUCACCAACAAGGCGAACGGCAAGAAGGCGUUCGGUCUUGUCCGGGACGAAUGUCCAGGAUGCGGCGCGGGCGAUAUUGACAUGAGCCCGUCCCUCUUCCAGGCUCUCGGUGCGACUCUUGACCAAGGUGUCGUCCAGGUGUCCUGGAACUUCAAGGCCAAGGGCUUCAAGCCUUGA